GGCUUCAGUAUAUAUACAUGGGAGCGCCAGUCUGACACACUCACUCACAACACACUGAACUCUGUAAGACACCCAAGCCAAAUCAGCAAGUCGCAGUCAUGAAGGUGUUCAUUGUACUCGCAGUUGCAGUGCUCUCUGUCUGUCAAGCCAACCUCUUCUAUGCUGAUGCACCCAAGCCACAGCUGGAUGUGAUGACUGAUGCUUUCUGGGAUUACAUUGCCAAGGCAACCCAAACAGCUGAUGACACCCUCCAGAUGAUCAGGAAAUCACAGUUUGGACAGGAAGUGAACGCCCGUCUGGCAGAAAGCUCUGACAUAGCCAGCAAGUAUGCCGUCACCCUCCAGGAGCAGCUCCCACCUGCAGCCCAGGACCUGAUGACCAAGAUCACCGCAGAAGCUGAUGUUCUCAGAAAUGUGCUGUCUCAGGAGAUGAGCACUGUCAGGGAGACGCUGGAGCCCUACACCGAGGACAUGAAGGCCCAGAUCCAGCAGAGAGUGGAGCAGCUCAAACAGGAGCUGGCCCCCUACGCAGAAUCCAUGGACUCUGAGGCCCUGAGGACCACCCUGAUGCAGAAGAGCGAGGAGCUGAAGACCAACCUGGAGCAGAGUGUGAAGGAUCUGCAGGCUCAGCUGGGGCCCUACACCGAUGACCUGAAGCUCAAGGUGGACCUGCACCUGCAGAACUUCCAGGAAAGCGUCGCCCCCAUGACCGAGAAGGUCCAGGUGGAGCUGAGCCAGAGAGCCAAUCUCGUAAAACAGAUGGUGGCCCCGUACGCUGAGGACCUGAAGGAAAAGCUGGACCCCUACGCUCAGGACCUCCAGGCCCGGCUGAUGUCUCUCUACGACUCCUUUAUCAGCGGCAACUAAGUCAACCUCCACACCUGCUCCAUCACCUAUCAAGAUGCUGGCCUUAUGGUCUACCUCCACAUGAAAAAUAUGAAUUGUACUGUAAAUCCAAUUAAACUAAUAUUUAUUGCAAAGUGCAAAGCAACCCUCUGUGCUUGCCAGAAAUGUACAUACUAAGUUUUUAUUGUGACUGUUUUUGUAAUCUCUGUAAGUUGUGAAAAAUAAAUAGAUGAAUCUGGA